AUGUUGGAUUUCUCUGUUAGGACGGCAACAACUUAUACCCCCGAAUUCCUUGGCCUGCCAGAAGGUGCAUGGGUGCAAGAUGGUGGUCCCCAAUGUGCUGGCCAGGGUGUUGUUGUGGGCCUCAUUGAUACAGGAAUCGACCCAAAUCACCCUAGCUUUGCAGAUGACUUGACAGCUGACAAUUAUCCAGUUCCUGCUCACUACUCCGGUAAUUGUGAGGUUACAAGUGAUUUUCCAUCUGGGUCCUGCAACAGAAAGCUUGUUGGAGCUCGACAUUUUGCAGCAUCUGCAAUAACCCGAGGAGUCUUCAAUGCCUCUCAAGAUCUUGCUUCACCAUCUGAUAAUGAUGGCCAUGGGACCCACACAGCAUCCAUCGCUGCUGGUAAUCAUGGCAUACCUGUUAUUGUGGCUGGGCAUCACUUUGGGGAUGCAAGUGGAAUGGCUCCUCGUGCACACAUCGCUGUCUAUAAAGCGCUGUACAAAGGUUUUGGAGGUUUUGCUGCUGAUGUAGUGGCUGCAAUAGAUCAGGCAGCUGAAGAUAAUGUCGACAUAAUCAGUUUAUCUAUUACCCCUAAUAGGAGGCCUCCUGGAUUGGCUACAUUCUUUAAUCCAAUUGAUAUGGCACUAAUGUCAGCUGUGAAAGAUGGCAUAUUUGUUGUGCAAGCUGCAGGAAAUACCGGUCCUUCCCCUAAGAGCAUGUCUUCAUACAGUCCAUGGAUUUUUACUGUAGGCGCUUCUGCCCAUGACAGGGAGUACAACAACUAUGUUGUACUUGGCAACAAUUUGACCAUUUCAGGAGUUGGUCUUGCUCCUGGAACAGAUGGUGAUUCCAUGUACAAUCUGAUUGCUGCACCUCAUGCACUGCAAAAUUAUACCACCACUCCUAUUGAAAUGUCCCUAGGAGAGUGCCAAGAUCCAAGUCAUCUAGAUAAAGAUCUGAUAAAGGGGAAGAUACUGGUCUGCAGCUAUUCCAUAAGAUUUGUGCUUGGCCUCUCUUCUGUGAAGCAAGCUUUGGAUACAGCAAAGAAUGUCAGUGCUGCAGGAGUUAUAUUUUACUUGGAUCCUUUUGUCCUUGGUUUCCAGCUGAACCCAACUCCAAUGGACAUACCUGGACUUAUAAUACCAUCACCUGAUGACUCUAAGAUAUUCCUAAGUUAUUACAACGAUUCGCUUGUACGAGAUGGGACGUCAGACAAAGUUGUCAACUUCGGUGCAGUUGCGAAAAUACUAGGAGGUCUGAAGCCAAAUUAUGGUAGUUCGGCACCAAAAGUGAUGUUUUAUUCUGCUAGGGGGCCUGACCCUGAGGAUAAUACAUUGGCCAAUGCUGAUAUCUUGAAACCAAAUGUGGUAGCACCUGGCAGUUCCAUUUGGGGUGCUUGGAAUUCGCGUGGAUUGGAUUCUGCUGAAUUUACCGGUGAAAGUUUUGCGAUGCUCUCUGGUACAAGUAUGGCUGCACCACACAUUGCUGGCCUUGCGGCGCUAAUCAAGCAGAAGUUUCCUUCUUUUAGUCCAGCAGCUAUAGGUUCCGCGCUGUCUACUACCACAAUUCUCAGUGACAAGCAGGGGAAUCCAAUCAUGUCACAGCGAACAUACAGCAACCCAGACUCCACCAUGACCGGAGCAGACCUGAACCUGCCGUCGAUCACCAUAGCCGUGCUCAACCAGUCGAGAACAAUAACAAGAACGGUCACCAACGUGGCGAGCGACGAGAACUACACGGUCAGUUGCAACGCCCCCUACGGGGCGGCGGCGUCCGUGGCACCGGCUCAGUUCUUCAUCCCCAGCGGGCAGAAGCAGCUCGUGACCUUCGUCGUGAACGCCACCAUGACCAACUCUUCGGUGAGCUUCGGGGACGUCGAGUUCUACGGGGACAAAGGUCACCGGGUGGUCAUUCCGUUCACGGUCAUGUCUAAGGCUGUGUAG